ACUCCAGUCGGCGGGGAAAACGAGAGAAGAGGAGCAGGAGCAGGAACAGGAGCAGGGAAAAGGGGGACCAAGAGGGGACCGUCCUCUAUGGGGUGUGCCCUGAGCUCCGAGUGCUGCGGAGAAGAGCUGUGCCCCGUGCCAGUGGGGGCACCGGCCACUGGAGAUGGGGGGCUAACGAAGGACAUGAAAAUGAAGCAGACUAAGCCAGCAAAGAAGGAUCUGCACACUUUCAAGGAGAAGUCCUUCAAGAAGAGGCGGCAGUGCGCAGUGUGCAAGCAGCCAGUGGAGAAUCAGGGGUCUUUCUGCCGGGUGUGUAAGACAGCAGCGCACAAGAAAUGCGAAGCCAAGGUGGUCACAUCCUGCCAGCCAGCGCCCCCCUCUGACCUGCAGAGGCGAGGCACGGCCUCCUCAAGGCACAGCCAGCAUCUGGGGUCGGUCAAGUCUCUGAAUUACCCCAAGCAGAGGAGCACCCUCCCCAGGAGCUUCAGUCUGGACCGAGUCAUGGACAGGGUCAUGGAGCGACAUUAUGACUUCGACUUGACCUACAUCACAGAGAGGAUCAUAUCCGUCUUCUUCCCAUCAGUCCUGGAGGAGCAGCGCUACCGUGGUAACUUGAAGGAAGUGGCAGCCAUGUUGAAGUCUAAGCAUGAGGAUAAGUACCUGCUCUUCAACUUAUCUGAGAAGAGACACGACAUCGGCCGCCUGAACCCUAAGGUUCAGGAUUUUGGUUGGCCAGACCGCCACACUCCACCACUAGACAAGAUCUGUGCCAUCUGCAAAUCCAUGGAGACCUGGCUGACCUCUGACCCCCAACACGUGGUGGUGCUUCACUGCAAGGGUAACAAAGGAAAAACGGGGGUGAUCAUCGCAGCCUAUAUGCACUACAGCAAGAUAUCUGCAGGAGCAGACCAGGCCCUCAGCACACUGGCCAUGAGGAAGUUCUGCGAGGACAAGGUGGCCACAUCAAUGCAGCCUUCCCAAAACAGGUAUGUCUACUACUUCGGAGGUCUGCUCUCUGGGACGAUUAAGAUGAACAGCAGUCCUCUGUUCCUGCACCAAGUCCUCAUCCCAGCAAUCCCCAAUUUUGAGCCCAAUGGAGGCUACUUCCCCUUUCUGAAGAUCUACCAGUCCAUGCAGCUCGUCUACACGUCAGGAAUUUACAACGCUCAGAACCAGGGAAACCGGAAGUUGUGUGUGACCGUCGAGCCAGCACUCCUACUGAAAGGUGACAUAAUGGUGAAGUGCUAUCACCGUCGUACAAAGUCUCCAGACCGUGACGUGGUCUUCAGGGUGCAGUUCCACACUUGCACCAUCCAUGGAGCCCAGCUGUGGUUUGGGAAAGGGGAGCUGGACGACGCUUGUGCAGAUGACAGAUUUCCAGCUGAUGCGAAGGUGGAAUUCAUUUUCUCUUCAGGGCCUGAGAAGAUUAAAGGUCGGGACGUAAUCAAGAAUGACCCAGCAGUCAGUGUGGACUACAACACCUCCGACCCGACGGUGCGCUGGGACUCGUAUGAGAAUUUCAACCUGCAUCACCAAGACAGCUUGGAAGACAUCUCCCACACCCGAGGUCCGCUGGACGGCAGCCUUUAUGCCCAGGUGAAGAAGAAGCGCAGCCCCGGCUCUCUGACCUCGAAUGGAAGCCCCGGCAGCAUUGAGCACAGCCACCUCUUAUCUUUAAGUACGGAUUCUGGACACUCAUCUGCUCCCACCGAAAGGCUGGAAGAUCCACCGUCUCGUCCAGCACCUCCAUCCCGGUCAGAAAAGGAAGAGCUCGACCGGUUACUGGGAGGAUUUGGGGUGAGAGGAGCACCAGAACGGGAACGGGAGACGGCCAUCUUGGACGACGGUGACAUCCAAGCCGACACGGAGAGGCUCGGGACGUUGCGCCUGGCCCGCUCUUGCUCCUGCAGAGUCGGCUACCGCUCACAGCACUGCCGAGAGAUUACGUGUGAACGACUCCCCAACGGCUCCUGCUUUGGCCUGGAGAGAAACGGACUCCCACCAGGACAUCUUGAGCUGUGCCAGCACCGUGCCACUCUGCACCACCAGGAUGAACUCUGGGACAAGCCUCAGCCGCAGCAGUCGCGCUGCCUUCACCGGUCCUAUUCUGAGGGUCCAAGUCGCCAUCUUCAUCCAUACUCUUUGGAAUACUCCCAUCCUCCCAGCAUGCCCCACCGAGUGUGCUGCCGAGAGGAAUAUGCCCCUUACCACUCUCGGCACCAGCCCCCCAAUCCUUACAGAGAGCUUCUGAUCGUGGAAGGGCAGCCCCUCAGCCUGACGCCAACUCCUUGUGCCUGCCGAGACUGCCGGCUCAUUAGCACCCCUUCUUCCCGGGAAGACUCCAGCCACUCCAGCUUUCACACUCUCAGGCUUGACAGAGAGGGGCCACACUGGGAGGCGGGCCGGCACCGGGAUCAGGAGGCGGGGCUGCACUGGGAAAUGGACAACCACAGGGACCGGGAGGUGGAGUUCCGAAGGGAGGCGGGGCUACACUGGGAGGGCGGUCUUCAUGCCGAGAGAGACGCCGCAUUGAGUCGAGAGCCCAGCUAUCCUUGGGAAGGGAGCCACUUGAGAGACAGAGACGUGGAGAUGUGGCACCCGAAAGUCGCCGUCUCCCCUCGAUAUCCGCAUGGGUCCCAACCGACCCCCUUGGUGAUGGCAGCCGAACAUUACGGGCACCGGCACUCGCCUCAGGGUCAUGAGGUCACCGCCUUUAACUAUGAGCGCCUUCCUCCAGAGCAACCAGUGUAUAUCGAGCCAUCAGCCCCUCUGCCUCACACGGCCCACUGCCCCGAGGUCAAGUACAGCAACAACGGCUACCAGACACCAAGAGCCUGUGCCUGCUCCCCUUACCAAGCCCCACCGUCUUCUCGCACCCUCUCCUCCACCGACAGCCGGGGUUAUGGAUCCGGCUACCAGUCAGAGUCGACCUCCCCUGUGCCACCACCCUCCAGGACCCCCGGACCUUGUGACGUGCCUCCAAAGGGCAGCGGUGUGGAAGAAUAUCAGCAGGCUGUGGCUGAGGACCGGGCGGAGCGCUAUAAAAGAGAUGUCCCAGGGGUCGUCCCUGUCGAAGGUGUGACUUGGCGGGAGCCCGUGGCACACGGAUCAUUGAGAAGGUUUCACCGAGAGGCUCGAAUCAUCUGCUCCACGCCCUCUGAAUAUUCAGGACCACCUACACCUGUCCACACUAGCAGUCCACUGCAGAGUCGAGACAGUCCCACUCCGGGAGAUCCGGCUCCCCGAAUUCCAGACAGUCUGGAGCCGAUGGUUGACCGGAGAUGUUCAAAGGCCGCAUCACCACCACCUGAGCCAGGGGGCUUCCAGCAUCCCCAAGGUGCCCAGCUGGAGCAUCAGGCAGGUCCACCAGUGCAGCAGAAUGGCCUACAGUUGAUUGCCCAAUCUCCUUUGGCCGGGCACCCUGGCUCUCCCGUUUCUGAAGCCCCCCACCGAAGCUGGGGACCUUGGCACCAAGGGAGUCUAAGCAGCGGAGUGUAUACCUACCCUUCAGACUCCUCCACCUCCUGGAGCAACAGCCAGUCGGACACGUCUCAGCUACAUGAAAAGGUCCAGUCCACUGGCCCCAAUGGGACGCCACAGGGCAGCUCUGUGAUGGAGGUUUCAACCAUGGGCUCUCCGGCCCCCAACUGCUGCCCAGUAAGUUCUUUAUCAUCCUCAUCCGUCUCAGCACAGCAGACACCGCUUCAUUCCUGCACUUCCAGUCCCACGGCAGCGGUGCCCCCUGCUCCUCAGACUGUAGACCUGCACCUUAUCACCCCACAAGUGCCACAGGUUAAUGGGGUGACUGUGAAAGAGACUGGUGCCCAAAGACACCUUCCUGAUGCCAGCCCGCAAAGUGAAAUAUCCAAGACUGGCAGCUCCUCUUUGAAUUACAGCUCGGCACCUGCUUCCCCGGGCACCACGGCAGCCUGCACUCCUCACACGGGCUCUGCUCCCCACUCCCCGGGACCGGAGAACUUGGAGCCUCCUGUGCCAGGGUUCGCCACACUGAACCGUCACCUGAUGUUGGGGUCAGACAUUGGCUCGCAUCACACCCAAGCCUUCCUGCUUAGUGACCCAGGCUUGUCACCCACCUCGUCCAGCCAAGGAAGCCCAUCUGAAGGCAGUGUCACCCCAUCCUUCCCCAUCUCAACAGCGUACUACACUGGGCAGAGUGGGAGCCAAGGAUCUGGCCAGUUCUCUGGGUACACGGCUGUUACCAUCCCACUGGCGGACAUGCAGCCACCGCUGCCAGAAAAGAGGCGUCUGUCCUCCAUCAACGAACGGUCACCUCCACCCAGCUCUCCCAACGGUCGCUCAUCGGCGCUCAGAAGCCCAUCCAGCCCAAAUCCUCCACAGCACGUAACGUUCUCCAUCACAGCUGGAGACCUGGCAGAAGGGGAGCUGGACAAUGGCAUCAGUGCCAAGUUUGUGCAGGACACGUCAAGGUUCUGGUACAAGCCGAGCAUCUCCAGGGACCAAGCAAUCGCUCUACUGAAGGAGAAGGAGCCGGGACACUUCCUGAUCCGGGACAGCAACUCUUUCCAGGGGGCUUAUGGACUUGCACUGAAGGUGGCCACCCCACCCGCCAAUGCCAAUUUGCAGAACUGCAAAGGUGACCCAAAGGAGCAGCUGGUGCGACACUUCCUCAUCGAAACAGGCCCAAAAGGGGUGAAAAUCAAGGGGUGCCAGAAUGAGCCUCACUUUGGAAGUCUCUCGGCUUUGGUCUACCAGCAUUCCAUCACACCCAUCUCUCUGCCCUGCAAGCUGCGCAUCCCAGAAAAAGACCCAAUUGGAGAGGGCCAGGAAAUCUGCACCCCAACCCACAUGAGCACAGCAGCCGACCUGCUCAAGCAGGGGGCAGCAUGCAAUGUCCUGUUCCUAAACUCGGUGGAGACAGAGUCGCUGACAGGACCGCAGGCCGUGGCAAAAGCCAUCAGCUCGACACUGUCAUGCAGCCCACGCCCCGGUGCCACCGUCGUGCAUUUCAAAGUGUCGGUGCAGGGCAUCACGCUGACGGACAACCAGCGCAGGCUCUUCUUCAGACGUCAUUACCCCCUGAACAGUGUAACAUUCAGCAGUUUGGACCCGCAGGACCGAAGAUGGCCAAAUCCUGAUGGCACCACCUCCAAGUUGUUUGGCUUUGUGGCCAAGAAGCCGGGCAGCCUGCUAGAGAAUGUCUGCCACCUGUUUGCUGAGCUGGACCCUGAGCAACCAGCCACAGCCAUCGUGAACUUCAUUAACAAGGUCAUGCUGGGACCUCAGCGAAGGUAGAGAGAGAAAACCAAAAAAACAAAAAAAAAAAAA